UCUGGGUUUUCCGUGCUCCUCGGUGCCUUCUGCCGGCGCUGCUGCGGGUGAGUCCAGCCUGGGAGUUGGGGAAAACAGCAGAAUGGGCCCUUCGACUACCAGGAGGAAGCUGGGAGCCUGGAGCUCCCUUGUUUACGCAGCAGGAGCAAAUACUGUAUUAUCGUAAGCCACCUAUUGCCUGUUUGGGAGUCUUUCUGAUGUGCCUCGGCAAUGACCUUCUCCUUUGUCUGCUCUCUUGACUUUGGCAUGCCUGCAAGAGGUUUUGAUCAUGACUGGUGUGAUGGGCCCCAAGUGAAUUGGCCUGAACUACUGUGAUUCCAGCCAUGGCAGAGAGAAGCCAUGAGUGUCGGGAACGAUGCUACGGAAUAAUCCAGAAGAGGCUGCCAGUGCUAAGGUGGCUUCCCAAAUAUUCUCUGCAAUGGCUGCAGCUCGAUCUCGUUGCUGGACUGACAGUGGGAUUGACUGUUGUGCCACAAGCUCUUGCCUACGCUGCAUUGGCUGGCCUCCCAGUGCAGUAUGGCCUCUAUUCCUCCUUCAUGGGCUGCUUUGUCUACUGCCUCCUGGGGACAUCGAAAGAUGUGACACUGGGCCCGACAGCUAUCAUGUCGUUACUGGUUUCGUCCUACGCAUUCCAUGACCCUUCCUAUGCCAUCCUGCUCACCUUCCUCUCAGGCUGCAUCCAGUUAGCUAUGGGGCUGCUACAUCUUGGUUUCCUUCUGGACUUUAUCUCCUAUCCUGUCAUCAAAGGGUUUACUUCAGCUGCUGCAGUCACCAUUGGCUUCAAUCAAGUCAAGACGCUCCUGGGCCUGCAGAACAUCCCACGCCAGUUUAUCCUCCAGGUGUACUACACCUUCUGCAGAAUUGGAGAGACAAGGGUUGCGGAUGCUGUUCUUGGGCUGUUCUGCUUGACAGCACUUACUGGGCUACAACAAAUGAAAAAGAGCAUCCCUAAGGCCAGCCAGAUGGAACCGUUGUUUGUCAGGAUCAGCCAGCUUGUUGUCUGGACAACAGCUACAGUCCGUAAUGCUCUUGUGGUCCUUUUUGCUGGUCUCGUGGCCUACUCCUUCCAGGUAACAGGCUCCCAGCCCUUCACCCUCACAGGGUUUACGCCCCAGGGACUCCCAUCCUUCCAGCUGCCACCGUUCUCCGAGGUCACACCCAAUGGAACCGUCUCCUUUGGAGGGAUGGUGCAGAAAAUGGGAGCUGGCCUGGCUGUGGUCCCUCUGAUGGGACUUCUGGAGACGGUUGCUAUUGCCAAAGCUUUCGCCUCUCAAAAUAACUACCAAAUCGACCCCAACCAGGAGCUGUUGGCCAUGGGUUUCACCAACCUCUUAGGAUCCUUCAUCUCAUCCUUUCCUGUCACAGGGAGCUUUGGCCGGACAGCAGUGAAUGCACAGACAGGUGUUUGUACUCCUGCCGGAGGUCUAAUCACAGGGGCCCUGGUGCUAUUGUCUCUAGCCUUCCUUACUUCUGUCUUCUUCUACAUUCCCAAGGCUGCGCUGGCAGCUGUCAUCAUCUGUGCUGUGGCUCCUAUGUUUGAUGCCAGGAUCUUCUACACGUUAUGGCAGGUUAAAAGGCUGGACCUGGUGCCCCUGUGUGUAACGUUCUUCUUCUGCUUCUGGGAGGUGCAGUAUGGAAUCAUAGCAGGAGUGCUGGUCUCAGGUAUUCUCCUGCUAUACCCCAUUGCCAGGCCACGGAUAAAGGUCCUGCAGCAUGAGCGAGAGAUGCUGUUUAUACAGCCUGCCGGUGGCCUGUAUUUCCCAGCCAUUGAGUUCCUGCGGGAUACAGUGCGCAAGCGGACUCAGACAGAGUCUUGCCUGUGCCACAUCAUUCUGGACUGCACCCACAUCAGCAGCAUUGAUUACACAGCAGUCCUGGGCCUGUCUGAGCUGCUCCAGGAAUUGCAGCAUAGGAGACUCUCUCUGGUGUUUAUUGGCUUGCAGAAACAUGUUCUCAAAGUCUUCCUGGCUGCUGGUCUGGAAGGAUUGCGUCAUUUCCCCAACCUGAAGGAUGCAGAGAAGAGCCUUGAAGAGGAACUGAGCCAUGCCGGUGAAGCCUUGUUGGAUGACAGUGACAGCAUACUGCCAACAUCUGGGAUCAUCCAGUGAGGAUACAGAAGUAAUAGAUGCCUGUGACCAAACAAUAGAAGUGACCCAGGCUUGACAGUGAAGCUUUCGGGCCAUGAACAUUUUGGAGCGUGAACAUUAGGUGGCAGAUGUUCUGUACCCUUAUUCAUGCAUUUUCAGACAUCGCACAACUUGAAUUCAGAAGUUGCUCCCACUCCGGGACUGUUCAGUGUGAAGAAUAGUAACCUCUUUACCUCCUUCAUGUGUAUGAAAUCUGAAUCUGUAAAAAAGCACAAGGUCACCCAGUGUUUCAGAACUCUGGGGCAGCAGAAUUGAAGUAACCAUGGGAUCUUGGGGCUUCUAGAUUGAAGGGUGGUUACCUUUGAUGAUUUCUAAUGUACAUUGGAUUUGAGUAGCAUACUUAAGGGAACACUAAUAAGGAAAGGGAAUUAAGAAAAUAAAGCACUUUUUAAAAAAUGGAAAUAUGCCAGGGUGAAUGAGACCAGUCUGUGUGGUGUACAUCAUGAACUAGGAGUAUUUCAGUUGUGUGUAAUCCAUAAAGAUUCCCUCCCACAUGGCUAUCCCCUCCCCAUGGGUUUUAUUGGCCACUAAGCUGACAUAACACACUGUGAUUGGUGCUUUCAUUGGCAGCAUUGCAAGUAAAAUGAGGAACCAGAGCGUAGCUCUAAUCUUUAACUGGGGAAAGAACAGUGCAAGUCCUAAGAGUGAUUGCUUCUUCCCACCACUGUGACUUCCGAAUGGUCCACUGGAGCUCACCAAUGUGUUGCAGGAGAGACUCCAAGCUGAGAGAAGGCAGUUUAGCUCAUGGGUUUUCAGAAGUUUGAUCUCAUGGGUCAGGGCUUGAAAUCUGACCAGUUGGUCCUAACCAGAAUUCUAUUGGCAAAAAUAGCUACAACUUAAUUGAGUACACUGUUUGCCUUCAGCAUCUCCACUGCUGUUGUGGAUUGCACCCAUGUGACUUAGUGAUAGGUGCUUAUGGGAGAGGAAGCAAAUUGACAGGGCAGGGGGAAAUGGGAAAGGAAAGCCAGCCCUGCUUUAGCUCCCACACAGCAAUGGCAAAUUAAAAGGCAUAGGAGGAAACUUUGGCAUCUAACCUUACUAAUUUUACAAACUGGCCCUAGCCAAAGAGAAAUACCCCCCCCAGUGUAAAAAUUGCAAUAGUUAAUUAGUUUAAAUGAGCACUACAUAUUUUGAAUAAAUAAUGCGUGUGUCUUAGCUAGAUAUAAGUUGCCAGAGGAAGUUGUGAUUUGAUAGAAAGUUCAGAUAUGUGUCUCUAAGGGGCAUGUGUCAGGACACAAGCCUGCUAUCAGAACAGGAAGCAAAGCAACUCACUGUUUGGAAGUGCUGAAGCAUGUUAUGAGAGUGGUGGGGACACCGUGCAGGCACUACACCCCCUGAUUAGAAAGCAUAUUCAGUUAUAAUUCAGAGAGGAAUUUUGGCUUCUACUCUUAAUGCAUCUGACCUUCUGGAUAUGAUGAUCUUUUUUUAAUACACUGCUGAGUAAGGAACAGGUGGUGAAGUUUCUGAGAAGCUAUGUCGUUUCAUCGUGUUUUAGUUUCACUUCCACUCGGUUCUCAGGAAGAGGUUUAACAAAGCACAUGAACAAAAUGGCAUGGAAAGUUGACAUAGCAGGCUGGGCUAGUUUUUUUCUAGCCCAGCAUUUUCUAUUCCAACUGUCAAUGGUCUCAAAACUGUUUUAUUUUGUCCUCUUAAGUGGAGAUGCCAAGCAUUGACUCUGGGACGUUUUACUGUACCUACAAAAGUGCAUGCCUUCUCUUCUUGGUUAUACUUCUUCCCUGUGUACCCUUACAGCUUCAUUGUAUUAUCUUGGGCUGUGUACACAUUGCCAAUUUAAAAUGAAGCCAGAUCGUUCUUUUUCUCCAUUUGGAUCAAAGCUGGUGCUUGGUUUGUUUGGGGGGGGGGA